AGUCAGUAGCGCUGAGGCGAUCGUCUGCAACGGUCGAGGAAUAAAAUUCAACUUGGAUAGCAAAUUUAUGAUAAGAACUCUUAAGGAUAAAAUAUUCAAAGUGUCAAAAAGUGCUAGAGUUAAAUCAUGGAUCUCGACGGGGCAUCCAUCACAACCAGCGAUGAAAAGUCUCACGAGGAGGAGGCGCCCGUUGCUGCAGGCUUGGAGCCAACGGCUCCCAUCAGCUUCUUGCAACUGUUUCGCUUCUCCACGUACCUUGAAAUCUUUUGGCUCUUCAUCGGAUUUAUUAUGUGCUGCAUCAAGGCGGUAACAUUGCCAGCCGUCGUUAUCGUUUACAGUGAAUUUACCGCAAUGCUCGUAGAUCGUGCCAAGCAAUUUGGCACCAGCUCCACGGUUCAUGCUCUGCCUCUUCUAGGAGGUGGCAAGAUUCUCACAAAUGCCACACGCGAAGAGAACAAUGAUGCGCUCUAUGAUGAUUCCGUCUCUUACGGCAUUCUAUUAACGAUCGUUUCGGUAAUCAUGUUCAUCUCCGGCAUAUUUUCGGUAGACAUAUUUAAUUUUAUUGCUCUGCGUCAAGUCACUCGCAUGCGCAUCAAACUCUUUGAGUCCGUGAUGCGUCAGGACAUUGGCUGGCAUGAUCUGGCCACCAAGCAGAACUUUGCCCAAAGUAUGACAGAUGACAUUGAAAAGAUACGCGAUGGCAUCUCAGAGAAAGUGGGACAUUUCGUGUACUUGAUUGUGGGUUUCAUCAUCACAGUUGGCAUAUCCUUUGGCUAUGGCUGGAAACUCACGCUGGCUGUCAGCUGCUAUAUACCUCUAGUGAUUGUGGUCAACUACUAUGUGGCCAAGAUUCAAGGUACAUUGACUGCACGAGAGCAGGAGUCUUAUGCCGGCGCUGGCAAUUUAGUAGAAGAAAUCCUUGGCGCCAUACGCACAGUGGUUUCGUUUGGUGGCGAAAAACAGGAGGUGGAACGUUAUGAGAACUUUUUGGUGCCCGCUCGCAAAGCCAGCCAAUGGAAGGGAGCCUUCUCCGGCCUUAGUGAUGCUGUGCUCAAGUCCAUGUUGUUUUUGUCCUGUGGAGGUGCCUUUUGGUAUGGCGCCAAUCUCAUUAUAGAUGAUCGAUCGGUGCCUGCGGAAUACCAGGAAUACACGCCAGCCAUUCUAAUGAUUGCCUUCUUUGGCAUUAUUGUAGGGGCUGAUAACAUUGCUCGUACUGCUCCGUUCCUGGAAUCUUUUGCCACUGCACGUGGCUGUGCUGCGAAUCUUUUUAAAGUGAUCGAUUUGCAAUCCAAGAUUGAUCCACUGUCCACAGAUGGCAAGCUUUUGAACUACGGUCUGCGUGGCGAUGUCGAGUUCCAGGACGUUUUCUUUCGCUAUCCUUCACGUCCCGAAAUCAUUGUGCAUCGCGGUCUAAAUAUCAAAAUCAGAGCGGGACAAACUGUGGCUCUGGUUGGCUCCUCAGGCUGCGGCAAGUCCACUUGCAUACAGUUGUUGCAACGCUUCUAUGAUCCCGUCUUUGGCUCUGUGAUGUUGGAUGACUUGGACAUCCGGAAAUACAAUAUACAAUGGUUGCGCUCCAAUAUCGCUGUUGUGGGACAGGAGCCGGUGCUAUUUAUGGGCACUAUAGCUCAAAACAUUAGCUACGGCAAACCGAAUGCCACACAAAAGGAAAUUGAGGCAGCUGCCACACAAGCCGGCGCACAUGAGUUCAUCAGCCAUUUACCAGAGAGCUAUCGCACCAUGAUUGGAGAGCAUGGUUCACAGCUUUCGGGAGGACAAAAACAACGCAUUGCCAUUGCCCGGGCUCUCAUACAGAACCCCAAGAUAUUGCUGCUUGAUGAGGCCACCUCAGCCUUGGAUUACAAUUCGGAGAAGUUGGUGCAACAGGCUUUGGACUUGGCCAGCAAAGGACGCACCACAAUUGUGGUCUCCCAUCGUCUUUCGGCCAUCCGUGGCGCUGAUAAAAUUGUGUUUAUACACGAUGGCAAAGUACUGGAGGAAGGCUCACACGAUGAUCUGAUGGCACUGGAAGGUGCCUACUAUAAUAUGGUGCGUGCUGGCGACAUUAACAUGCCAGAUGACGUGGAAAAAGAUGAAAAUAUAGACGAAGCAAAACGCAAAAGCCUCGCACUCUAUGAGAAAUCCUUUGAGACAAGUCCACUGAACUUUGAGAAGAACCAGAAGAACAGCGUGCAAUUCGAUGAACCGCUCGUUAGAUCCCUUAAGGAGAGCAACAAGCAACAGGAAGCAAUCGCUGCCGAUAAACCAAAAUUCUUCAGCACUUUUGCAAGAAUUGUGCACUUGGCACGUCCCGAGUGGUGUUAUCUCAUUCUAGGUGUCAUUUCAUCCAUUGCAGUGGGCUGUUUAUAUCCCGCUUUUUCUAUUAUAUUUGGUGAAUUCUAUGGCGCAUUGGCUGAGCUCGAUGAAGAAGUCGCACUCAGUCGCACUGCCGUGUUAUCCUGGGCUUGUCUCGGCAUUGCUGCUUUGACGGCAUUAGUAUGUUUCCUGCAGACGUAUCUCUUCAAUUAUGCCGGAGUUUGGCUAACGACACGCAUGCGUGCCUUGACCUUCAAGUCGAUUGUGAGCCAAGAGAUUGGUUUCUUCGAUCAGGAACAGAAUUCGGUGGGUGCUUUGUCUGCUCGCUUGUCCGGGGAAGCCGCAGGUGUUCAGGGUGCCAUUGGCUACCCUUUGAGUGGCAUGAUUCAGGCCUUGGCCAACUUUGUCUCUGGUGUCUCGGUGGCCAUGUACUACAACUGGAAGUUGUCGUUGCUCUGUCUCGCCAAUUGCCCCAUCAUUGUGGGCUCUGUCAUAGUGGAAGCCAAAAUGAUGUCGAAUGCCUUGAUACGCGAGAAACAAGUCCUGGAGGAAGCCUGUCGCAUUGCCACCGAGUCUGUGAACAAUGUGCGCACCAUUGCUGGACUGCGUCGUGAAGCUGAUGUUAUCAAGCAGUACACUGAGGAGAUUCAACGCGUGGAGAUUCUUAUUAGACAAAAGCUACGUUGGCGCGGUGUGCUUAAUUCUACAAUGCAGGCUUCGGCCUUCUUUGCCUAUGCCGUUGCUCUCUGCUACGGCGGUGUUUUGGUCUCAUGGGGUGAAGUGCCUUUCCAGGAUAUCAUCAAGGUCUCAGAAACACUCCUCUAUGGCUCCAUGAUGUUGGCCCAAUCGUUGGCCUUUACUCCAGCGUUCACUGCCGCUUUGGUGGCCGCUCAUCGUCUCUUCCAGAUCCUCGAUCGCAAGCCGCGCAUUCUUUCGCCCAUGGGCACCAUUAAGAAUACGCUUGCCAAGCAGCUGAAUCUCUUCGAGGGCGUACGCUAUCGUGACAUUAAGUUCCGCUAUCCCACGCGUCCAGAUGCCAAGAUUCUCAAUGGUCUCGAUCUGGAGGUGCUCCAGGGUCAAACGGUGGCUCUGGUGGGUCACUCUGGCUGUGGCAAGUCCACGUGCGUGCAGCUGUUGCAACGCUACUACGAUCCCGAUGAGGGCACCAUUCACAUCGAUCAGGACGAUAUACAGCAGGACUUGACGUUAGACGGUGUGCGUCGCAAGUUGGGAAUUGUUUCCCAAGAGCCAUCGCUCUUUGAGCGCACCAUUGCCGAGAACAUUGCCUAUGGCGACAAUCGACGCUCGGUGCCCAUGGCUGAGGUGAUUGCUGCUGCAAAGAGCGCCAAUGCGCACAGCUUCAUUAUUUCGCUGCCCAAUGGCUAUGAUACUCGCAUGGGGGCACGUGGCACUCAGUUAUCUGGAGGACAAAAGCAACGUGUGGCCAUUGCACGUGCUUUGGUUAGGAAUCCCAAGAUACUGCUGCUCGAUGAGGCAACUUCAGCGCUGGACUUGCAGAGCGAGAGGUUGGUUCAACAAGCUCUGGACUCGGCGUGCUCGGGACGCACCUGCAUUGUGAUUGCCCAUCGUCUGUCCACGGUGCAGAAUGCGGAUGUUAUUUGUGUGGUGCAAGGCGGACGCGUUGUGGAGCAGGGCACGCACUUGCAACUCAUCUCCCAGGGUGGCAUCUAUGCCAAGCUGCACAAGACCCAGAAGAAUCAUUGAGCAUUUAUCGACGUUCUUUUACUACAAUUUUAUCCUAUGUCACUUUCUCUAACAAUACACAUUUAUAGCAAUGCAAUUUUGUACAAUAAAGUAUCUCACAUUGAUUCGAAGUUUGACUGCAUUC